AUGAUGGCAGAGAAUAUGAUGCUUGGCUUGCAAAGAAAAACCAAUUGGGUUGGGGGUAAGCGUAGUACAGGUACUCCCUCAACUGUCAAGAAAACGACCACAACUCCAGCGUUCAUUCGGCGGGUAAAGAAUGAGUGGAAUCAUAGCUUAAGAGAAGUAUGUCCGAACGAAUAUCAGCAGUCCUUUCCACGUUCACAGCUUCAAAAUGUUUCGCCAUCCGAAUUAGGCCAUCAUACUCAUGAUAAAGUUCGGUUACAGACCCGUAAGGAAUAUCUUAAUCAUAACCUCAGCUUCAUGAUAAAGUCUCCCAAACAGAUAUCUGCUACGAGCUUAGAAGGUUCCCUUGGACAGAGAUCCACAUUGACUUCUAGCUUAGCCUCUUUGUAUACAGACUGGUAUGGAUUAAAGAUCAAGGAGGUCGACAUGUGCUACCUCUGCCUCACAAAGCCGGAUCAUCCAGAAGAGCUUAAUACUUCAAUGGGCUGGAGAUGA